AAACUGGCUGUCACUUCAAUUCACAUGCUCGUUGACAUACUUUAGAUUAAGAAUUAGUUGUGGUUUCACCUUACAUGCAUUUUAUUGGAGUUUUAUGGCUACACGUGUUUUUAUGGUAAAACAGUGGCUGUAUGAAGCUGCUGCUAUAGCUUUUGAGGCUAUACCACGUACUUUGGCUCAGAAUUGCGGGGUGAAUAUGAUUAGAACAAUGACGGCGCUGCAGGGAAAGCAUGCAAAUGGUGAAAAAUCAUGGAUUGGCAUUGAUGGUAACACUGGUGUGAUAACUGAUGUGAAAGAGAAAAAGAUAUGGGAUGCCUACAACGUGAAGGGCCAGAGUUUUAAAACGGCCAUAGAAGCUGCUUGCCUACUUCUCAGAAUCGAUGACAUUGUGAGUGGGAUGAAGAAGAAGCAGCCUCCUGGUGCCAAAGCUCCUUCCAAGCCUCAAGUUGAGACAGAAGGCGAUGCAGAUAAUGAGCAAAUAAUUCCGGAGUGCUUAUGGAGAGCACGUGGUUAUCUCAGUUUGAAUGAAGUUUUGCUUUAAAGAAGAAAAAAAGGAGCAUUAUAAGUUUGAUGAGGAUAUUUUUUAGGUUUGUAAUGUCACCUUAACUUGGUAGUGUGUGUUUUGUCCCUCUUCUUUCUUUCUCAAUCGACGAGGUGGAAAGAAGAGAAGUCUUCUUAUUGGAGAAUGCUAAUGUUAGUUUCACAUGUCAUCUGUGUAUCGAACACAAUUUCUUUGUUCAACUUCGUGGAUUGGCACAGUGGAGCUUAUUUCUACCAUUCUUCUGAAUGAUUGUUAACAGUCCAAACUUAGUUAUUGACACAAAUAUGUACUUUUCUAAAAGUAAGAAAACAAAAAGUUUUUCAUGGCCAAGCAUCAAUUUUAAUAAGCCAGUGUGGCACCUAAAACACACAACGUACGGCACUGUACACAAACUUGUGGAGGAAAGGAUUCAUAUUGAGCAUCUAUUUUAUCCACUUAGGGAGAGUAAGAAUUGAUCUUGUCACUCCCAUAUUCAGCCAAUAUGCCACGUAUUGAUUCAAAGCAGAGCUUAAAAAUGAAACGAAAGCAGAUAAAAAACCCUAGACACGGCCAGCUGAUGCAACUGAAAUUGGCAAAUAGCAAAGAUGACAUGAAGUCUGGGACUUCACAAGCGAGGCUGAACGAGGAUGAAGCUGUGAGGGUUGCAUACAAGCAUGGGACGCCUCUUGAAGGAGGCAAAAUUGGUGAUUCUGAGCCUGUGGAUUUAUUUUCCAGUCCUCAUCAUAUUCCAAAGUAGGGCAAUAUGCCUACAAUACAAAGGCAAUACGAAGGCAAUACGAAGGCAAUAUGACCACAAUAAAUAUACAAUACGAAGGCAAUAGUAGGGCAAUAUGGCCACAAUAAAUAUACAAUACGAAGGCAAUAGUAGAGCAAUAUAAGUACAAUAUAAAGGCAAUAUUAGGGCAAUAUACAUAUAAUACAUACACAUUACAGUAUUAAGGGAAUACAAACACAAUACAAAUGCAAUAUUAAGUCAAUGUACAUACAAUACAUACACAUUACAGACAACAUUUCACACAUGCGAAAGAAAUCGCCUCCCAAACUGAACAAUACUAUCUAUCCCACGAAGGGAAAAUGAAGGCAACAAAAGAUCCAUGUACUCGGGUGAGAUGAACUGAAGCAGCAUUCACCGUUACUACAGGUCCAUCAAAAGAUCCAUGUCUUUGUCCUUUCUUCUCGCUGCAUGCACGAGGCUAUGAUGAGCCAUUCCAUCAAAACCCAUAUUCAGUACCUCCCAGACACCAGCUACAUCAAUUUCACUCCAAUUGUGGUCUGGUGAGAUGACCGAAGCAUAAUCUCGGAACAUUUCGAAGCCGUUGUUGAAACAUUCAACCAUUUCAUGGUUAUAUUCUUCAGAUUGUGUGAAUGUUUCGAGGGCAUUUUUCUUUGUGUCUUCCAAUUUCAACUUCAAGGACUCUAACUCUUUGCUCCGACUUUUUGCUUUAAGAGCUUGCUUCACCUCUCCAGCGUAUGCUUUGUUCAACUUGUUGGCCAAGUUUCCCAUAACUUGGCCAUGAAUAUCGCACUUACUCUCCCACCAAUCCGUUGCCUUUGACAUAUAUUGGAGGUGGUGCUUGACGGCAGAGAUUUUGUCAAGCGGAUCAUGAGUGUCAGCCUCACUUCCAGAUGAAGUGGGAUCAUGAUUGGGAGUCCGAGGUGGAGAUGGGAAUGGCACAUGCCAGGGCUGGUCCCCCGGGUAACUCACAUGCUCGUUAGGAGGGCGUACAUCUGACAUGUUGAAGUAUUACUGGGGACAAUUCACAGCUGUUGCCUGCAACCAAACAAAUAGAGGUACAUUCAGUCUCCAGUUGUAAACGACUAUAUGGUUAGGUUGAGUGGAGAAUAUUUGCCUUUCAGUAAGACUAAUUACCUUUCCCGUUAAGAAGGUGCCUCUGUUGCAGUUCUAUAUAGGAAGGUUCAGUUAUAUGUACGAACUUAUAUGAGGUAAAUUGGGUUUUGUGUUGGUGCAUUAAAUUGAUGGGAUUCAAAACUACACCAUUAACUCCUUGGCUGUAAGUUACAGCAG